AUGGCCGAAGCAAACUCCCUGCUGACGCGAUUCAAGCUCGACAAACUUCUCAACACCGACACAGGAGGGCGUCGCAUCGUGCUGUAUGGGACCAUCGAUGACAAGCCCGCCUUGCUUCUCGCCGAGCGUGGCGCAUUCUCUACCGACCCACAAUAUCUGGCGUCGUUCGCCCAACUCCUGACCCGCAUCCAAAACCUUGGCGAUAAUGACAUUUACCGGUGGUAUCUCGCCAACAGCAAGAUCCCCUCCAGCGAAGGUCAAGACGAAGAAGAAGAGAGAAAAGGCUCUCAGACCUCGGGCGCUGCGCCUCCGCCCGACCUCAAGAUCAACCUCAUCUACCCUUGCACCGACAAGCACAUCCGCAAGUACAGCUUCCAACAAUCCCGCGUCGUCCGCGAAACCCCACAAAUCUACUCGCGAUAUGUCCGGCCCUACAUGCAGCUCUGCCGCGAAGAAGGCCGGCUGAACUGGAUCUUUAACAUCCUCGACGGCCGCACCGAGCAAGAGAAUGUUCUCUUCCGCUCCGCCGAGUCCGAUCCAAACAACGACUACCUCCUCCUACCAGACCUGAACUGGGACCGCAGUACGCUCAGCUCCUUGCACCUCCUCGCUCUCGUCCAACGCCGGGACAUCUGGAGCGUACGGGAUUUGAAAAAGAGUCUGGCGCCGUGGCUCCGCCGUCUGCACUCGACGCUUACCAACAAAGUGACCGAACUCUACCCUGGCGUCGAGGGCGACAUGUUGAAGUUCUACAUCCAUUACCAACCGACAUACUACCAUUUCCACAUCCACAUCGUACACGUCAACCUCGAUGCCGGCGCCACGCAAGCCACGGGGAAAGCCCUGGGUUUGGAAAAUGUCAUCUCGCAACUGGAGAAUCUCCAGGGCGGGGAGGAUGCUGGGAUGCAUCUCCUGGAGUUGACGUAUACUGUCGGUGAAGCGAGCGAGCUCUGGACGCAGAUCUACCUGCCGUUGAAGCAAGGCAAGACGCCUACGGUGGGCAGUGGAUGA